AUGGACGUACAAAACAGCUCGCUAGACCAGGAAAUUGAAGGAGAUCAGCAGCCCAGUGAAUUGCCAAACCUUAGCGAAAAAGACAAAUCGCAGGAAACUUCUGAUCACGUCCCUCCAUUGCCCUCCCCUUCGCAGCAGGAAGCUGAAACAAGACAUACCCUGGUGACCGAGCCAUCAGCUCGACUUAUUGGAAUCUAUCGACGUGUAUGGGAGUCAUGCGUGUCCAAACACAUCGAUGGCCAGAAACUAGAGCAGAACAACCUUGUUUUAAAGGAAGUUGGUGCGCAACUGAGAAAAGAGAGGGACCUUCUUCAGCUUCGCCACGACAAGCAGCUAUCCCGGCUGCGAGUUUUCGAACAGGCAUUGGAAUUAUCCCGGGAGAGGCUGAGUAGCGUAAUCGAUGGCUGGAAUCACCCUUCGAGACUCAAUCUGGCAGGGCUACCGGACAUUGCAAGAGAAGGAUGA